UAGCGAAGUUGGUGGCGUACGCGUGAACGGGUGCAUAAGUGUUCGAUAGUUAGAGAGGUUUCCAUUGAAAUGAUGCGCUUCUAAAGUAUUCACACACACGCAAUAACUUGUGUUGAACAUGAAAACUCUAAGUGACAUCAGUGUAGCCUGUUUGCUCUUCUGUGGCAUACAUUUAGGAGUUAUAGCACAAAAACACAUUCAGCAUGCCGACAAUCCAUCAACAUAUAACAUUGGCGGUGUUCUGACGGAUCCCGAGAGUGAAGCACACUUUCGGAGAACAAUAGCGCACCUCAAUUUUGACCAGCAAUAUGUGCCACGUAAAGUCACCUACUACGACAAGACGAUACGCAUGGAUAAGAAUCCGAUAAAAACCGUUUUUAAUGUCUGCGAUAAAUUAAUCGAAAAACGAGUGUACGCUGUUGUUGUGUCGCAUGAGCAAACUUCUGGCGACCUGUCACCGGCCGCCGUCAGCUACACGAGUGGCUUCUACCAGAUACCUGUUAUUGGUAUAUCCUCUCGCGAUGCUGCCUUCUCCGAUAAGAAUAUUCACGUUUCCUUUUUACGUACCGUGCCGCCGUAUUACCAUCAAGCGGAUGUGUGGCUGGAAAUUAUGUUUCAUUUUGGCUACACCAAGGUGAUCAUAAUACAUAGUUCCGAUACGGAUGGGCGCGCGAUACUGGGUCGCUUUCAAACCACAUCACAGACAAAUUACGAUGACAUCGAUGUGCGCGCCACUGUUGAAAUGAUUGUGGAAUUCGAGCCCAAACUGGACAGUUUCACUGAGCAUUUGAUCGACAUGAAGACUGCACAAUCGCGUGUAUAUCUGCUGUACGCCAGCACCGAGGAUGCACAAGUUAUUUUCCGUGACGCUGCACUCUACAAUAUGACAGAGGCUGGCCAUGCAUGGAUUGUGACCGAGCAGGCACUCCAUGCCAAUAAUACGCCAGUGGGUGUCUUGGGUCUUGUGUUGGAGCAUGCCAAGAGCGAUAAGGGGCACAUAAGGGACAGUGUUUAUGUGCUCGCGUCUGCAAUUAAGGAGAUGAUGUCCAAUGAAACGAUUACAGAGGCGCCAAAGGAUUGCGGUGAUUCGGGCGUUAAUUGGGAGUCCGGUAAACGUCUGUUUCAGUAUCUGAAGACGCGCAAUAUUACGGGCGAAACGGGGCAGGUGGCCUUUGAUGAUAAUGGGGAUCGCAUUUAUGCCGGCUAUGACGUAAUCAACAUACGCGAGAAGCAGAAGAAGCAAAUUGUAGGCAAAUUCUAUUAUGACACGGAAAAGGCUAAAAUGCGCUUACGCAUCAAUGACAGUGAAAUUUUGUGGCCUGGUAAAGAGAAGAAAAAACCUGAGGGCAUAAUGAUUCCGACGCACUUAAAAAUUUUAACCAUCGAAGAGAAACCUUUCGUUUAUACGCGUCGCCUCACAGAAGAUGAAGUCAAUUGCGACGAAGAUGAAAUCCCAUGUCCACUAUUCAAUGCCACCAAUGGCAGCGAGAACGAGAAUUGCUGUCGCGGCUAUUGCAUCGAUCUACUCAACGCUCUGUCGCAUCGUAUUAACUUCACUUUCGAUUUGGCACUUUCGCCGGAUGGGCAAUUCGGUCAUUACACCUUGAAAAAUGUGAGCUCGUCGACUUCGGGUGCGAUAACGUCGCGUAAAGAAUGGAGCGGUCUGAUUGGGGAAUUGGUGAAUGAACGUGCCGACAUGGCGAUGCCACUCACCAUUAAUCCAGAGCGUGCCGAAUUUAUUGAGUUCUCGAAACCGUUCAAAUAUCAAGGCAUCACAAUACUCGAAAAGAAACCGUCACGUUCAAGUACUUUGGUGUCAUUUCUGCAGCCAUUUAGCAACACGCUAUGGAUAUUGGUAAUGGUAUCUGUACAUGUAGUCGCGCUGGUCCUAUAUCUGCUCGAUAGGUUCUCACCAUUUGGGCGUUUCAAACUCUCGCACACAGACAGCAAUGAAGAAAAGGCAUUGAAUUUGAGUUCUGCCAUCUGGUUUGCCUGGGGAGUGCUUUUGAAUAGCGGCAUUGGCGAAGGAACGCCGCGAAGCUUUUCGGCGCGUGUGCUGGGUAUGUUCUGGGCUGGCUUUGCGAUGAUCAUUGUCGCCUCGUACACUGCCAAUCUGGCUGCUUUCCUCGUGCUGGAGCGUCCAAAGACGAAACUGAGUGGCAUCAAUGAUGCGCGCCUAAGGAAUACAAUGGAGAAUUUGACCUGUGCCACCGUUAAGGGUUCAUCCGUGGACAUGUAUUUUCGGCGACAAGUAGAGUUGUCUAAUAUGUACCGGACUAUGGAGGCAAACAAUUAUGAUACGGCAGAGCAGGCCAUACAGGAUGUGAAAAAAGGGAAAUUAAUGGCUUUCAUUUGGGACUCUUCACGCCUGGAGUAUGAAGCAUCCAAAGAUUGUGAAUUAGUUACCGCGGGUGAAUUAUUCGGGCGUAGCGGAUAUGGCAUUGGCUUACAGAAGGGUUCCCCUUGGACUGAUGCGGUUACGCUUGCAAUUUUGGAGUUCCAUGAGAGUGGCUUUAUGGAGGCGCUCGACAAGCACUGGAUAUUCCACGGCAACGCUCAGCAAUGCGAACUCUUCGAAAAGACACCCAAUACGCUGGGACUACAGAACAUGGCUGGCGUAUUCAUUUUAGUCGCUGCUGGCGUUGCCGGUGGUGUGGGACUCAUCAUAGUUGAGGUUAUCUAUAAGAAGCAUCAAGUAAAGAAGCAAAAACGAUUGGACAUAGCGCGUCACGCAGCAGACAAGUGGCGCGGAACCAUAGAGAAACGCAAGACCUUACGUGCAUCGCUCGCCAUGCAGCGGCAAUACAAUGUCGGCCUGAAUGCCAAUCCGGGCACCAUCAGUUUCGCCGUCGACAAGCGUCGCUACCCUCGUUUGGGCCCGCGCGCACCCGAACAAGCCUGGAAGAGCGAUGCGGAUAUUUUGCGCAGCCGACGCUACUUGGAUGAGGCCACCAAAGGCGGCCAUUCGGCAGCUAUUCAUGUGCCAAUGCUAGGAAAAAUGCGUUCGCCAGGCAAUAUAUUGCCACCGCCCAACAUAUUGCCACCACGUUACUCGCCGGGAUAUACCAGUAACGUCUCACAUUUGGUAGUCUAGGAAGAAUCCAAUACAAGAAGCACUUUCGCUUGCCUCGUUUAGGCAGAGUCUAAAAUAUGAAACAAAAUUAUACAAAAUGGGAUAUGUGUGAAAUUGAUUAAAAUAUUAGGCGUCCCUUUAAGGCCGCCUACUUUGAAUUUAUCAGCUCUUUUGUAUCGCACAUGCAACGUUUAGAUUUAUACAGCCACAACGCAUAGACGUUUUGCGAGAUAUUUGGGAGCCUUUGGGAAAUGCUGUGAGAAGGUUCACAGAAUUGAUCUUGCAGGAACUGACAGUUAAUGGUGAUGUUUCGAAGAGUUCCAUUUUCUCUUAUUAGACUCAGCUUCAACUUAAUUGUAUAGACAGCAAACAGAGUUGGCGCAUCUGGGGCGCAGAGAAUCCAGUGAAGACAGAGAUACUUAGACCAAAAAUUAUUAUCUGACUUAACGUCCGAUCAUGAGACAGGUGCACAUUUUGGUCUGGCAGAGAGAAUGGGGCCGAUAAACAACUUUGAACAUGAACAUGAAGCUCCCCCAAGGCAGCCGCAGACCUGGCAGACCAUCUAACACGUGGAGGCGACUAGUAGAAACAGAAGUGCAACAAGCAGGCCGCUCCUGGCGGCAAAUAAAAUUCCUAGCUUCUAAUAGAUUUAACUUUAACUUGUUUAUUGAGGCCCUUUGUUCCACCUAGGAACCACGGGAAAAUAUAUAUACAGUAGGGAGCAAAAGUGUUUCCAUAGUUGACAUUCUCAACUUUGUGGGCCAAUAAAAUGCAAACGAAAGAAGCAAAUCAAAAAAACUUUUUGUAAUAAUAAUAUGUCUUUAAUUCUUAACAAAUUGCCGUAUAUGAUAAAAACAAAACAGAAUCAGUAAAAUAUUCAAACAAAAAAAACCAAAACAACUCGCAUGUGUACAAUUUUGCACCUUUAGUGAACAAAAUGAAAUAUGAUAUGAAAUUAAUAUUUUGUCCACAGACCCUUAUUAGCUAUUACACCUUUCAUUCAGUUUGGCAUACUCUCGGCCAACUUCUAUGUUUUCUUUUGGAAUUCGGUUCCACUCCAGUUCUACACGCUUCCAAAGAUCGUCUAGGUUGGAUGGCGCUGAUUGAUAUUGCCCGAGCCGUCGCUUCACGAUUGACCACAGGUUCUCAAUCGGAUUGAGGCCGGGACUUUGAGCUGGCCACUUCAUCAACUUAAAAUUUUGGCUUUUUAAUCAUUCGCGGACAAUUUUGGCAGUGUGCUUCGGGUCCCCAUCUUGUUGAAAAGUAAUUUCCUCUUCGGGAUAUGCACACUUGUCCAGAAAAUUUGAUAGUUGGGUUUGCAAAAUAUUGAGGUAGUCUUCUUUUAACAUUAUACCAUCAAUUUUUUGUAAUGGUCCAAUGUGCCACCAAGUAAAUCAUCCCCACACUUUGACAUUGCCGCCUCCAUGCUUGACGGUUUGCUUCACAUGGUGUUUUUGAAGCUUGUCGCCGGGCCUAUGCCAAUAGUAUUGCUUGCCAUCCGACUGAAAAUGGUUGAACUUGGAUUCAUCUGACCAGAUAACACGUUUCCAGUCAUCUAGAGUCCAGUUUCUGUGUUCCCGGGCAAAUUUCAAUCGAGCCUUGACAUUCUUCUCGGAUAAAGCUGGUUUAUUUUUUUUCACCCUUGCCACAUAUCCAAUCUUAGCCAGUGCUCUUCUAGCUGUCCACCGACUCACGUCUUUUCCUAUGCCCAUAGAUGCCUUCUUUGGUGUUAGGAACUUAUCAGAUCUCAUUUUCGACAUCAUUAGUCUGGCGUCAGAGCUUUUAAGAGGCGUUUACGGCCUUUAAUAAUGUUUUUGGGUGCAACAUUUCGUCUUUUUUGGACCUUGGACACCGCUGAAUGGGAAAUUUUAAGCUGAUCUGCAAUAGCACGAGUCGAGCAGCCACUUUCAGUUAGGCUAAUAAUACUAUUUUCGACAUCAGACGAAAGCUUGUUCAUUUUUUCGCGGUACUUUAUAGACUAAUUGCUAAAAUCAACAAAUCUGUUUCGAAUAAUAAGAAACACGUGAUUUUCUGGAUCAUAUAAGGGAAUAAUGAACAAACAAAACAUAUAAUGGUAAAACUGCAUGUCUAUUACUGAAAAGAGAAUUAAGAAAUCAAACAAAAGUAAGAAUAACGGAAGGUGCAAAAUUGUACACAUGGGAGUUGUUUUGGUUUUUUUUGUUUGAAUAUUUUACUGAUUCUGUUUUGUUUUUAUCAUAUACCGCAAUUUGUUGAAGUUUAAAGACAUAUUAUUACAACAAAAAGUUUUUUUGAUUUGCUUCAUUCGUUUGCACUUUAUUGGCCCACAAAGUUGAUAAUGUUAACUAUGGAAACACUUUUGCUCCCUACUGUAUAUAUGAAGCUCCUACGGGACGAGGAUAAUCGGCCACAUUGCAAACGCAGAAAUGGAAUUGGAUGGAAGUUAUUUCACAUUGCUUGUCAUAAAGACGCAGUUGAAUUUUUGUUUGCAGUUUUUGGAAAAAAAUAGAUGUAAACCAACAAGGAACGAUUCCUAAACUGAAAGAAACCAAAUGAAAAAGAACAUGAGGACUUUCUAAAUAAAGCUGGAGUGUUUUUGGAUGUUUCAAAAUAGACGGUCUUAAUGGGACAACUACUAGCAUAGUUUUAAGUAUACAGUUGUACGAGUAUAAGGCGUAUUUUUACUACAAAAUCUGGGCAUUGUUACAGCCUGGAACGUAAGCUGAUAAUGCAACGACAUUUAAACCUUAUGAAUUAGGAAAAACAGGCGCAUUAGACAGAACCAAAUCUCGAAUUUUUUUACCCACCAAAGCAAAGGAAAUUUAUGAAAGACGUAACUCUAAAUACUAUACUAUACUUUCAAUAAAAAACAAAAAAAAAUACUAUAUGUAAAUUAAGCUCUAUAUCGUCUAGGCUAUGCAGAUUCAUAGUCCGUGUAUUUUCGUGUUUGAAUCCACGAGUUAUCGAAAACCUGAUCAAUUUAAAUUUUGAAUUUGAAUCAAAGUCGUGACGAAAUUAUAUGUUUUCGCGAGUACCGAAUAAUGCAUAUUAAUUAGUUUAAAAAUACAUACAAGGUGGCGCAAAAUUAAUCACCCUAUCGAAAGAUAGAUAUUUUUACACAUCGUCACUCAUAUUUGACACUUGUGAACUAGACAGCUACAGCAUACAAACAGACAAGGAGUGCAGAGCCUAAAGGUCAACAUCAUUUUUUUCUAUAGUAACGGCUGCCGUAGCCGAAUGGGUUGGUGCGUGAUUACCAUUCGGAACUCAGAGAGAACGUAGGUUCGAAGAAAAGAAAGAAGAAAAAGUUUUUCUAAUAGCAGUCGCCCCUCGGCAGGCAAUGGCAAACCUCAGAGUGUAGUUACUUCUGCCAUGAAAAAGCUCCUCAUAAAAAAUCCGUUGGGAGUCGGCUUGAAACUGUAGGUCCCGCCAUUUGUGGAACAACAUCAAGACGCACACCAUAAAGUAGAAGGAGGAGCUCGGCAAAACACCAAAAAAGGUGUACGUUAAAAUUAUAUACAUAGGUAUAUAUACAUAAAAGUUAUUAAAAAAAAUUGGAUGAUUUUUUAUUAAUUAAUCCAUUACUCAAAAUUACUUUUUGUAUGUGGUAUGUUGUAUUCAAAAAGAAAAUUGGAUGGUUAAUUUUGAGCCGCCUAGUUUAUAAGUUUAUACGAGUAUACAAACCAUUUUAGUUGAAGAAGGGAUGGAAAGAAUUUUAUAUCCAACUUCAUAGGCGUUACUCGCGGCGUUGGUUCACUCGCUUGGGAUACAUUUAAGCUAAAUUUGCUAUUUGAGGUGUAUUCGAACAAAAGAUUAAUCUAAAGGUUUUUUUAAUAACUUGAAAUAUUAAAACUGUUAAGAAUUUUAACUGUUAACUGUAUGUAUGUACAUUAGGCGGCCUCAGCAAAAAGAAAUUGGAGAUCUACCACUGGAAUUAUAAGUUUUAUUAUUAAUAUUUUAAGACAUCCGCCCAAAAUAUUUCGGAAAAAUAUUAAGACUUAGGUAAACUGGUCCAACUUGAAAUGAAGUUGAAACAUCAAGAAGUCGGUUUUAUAUAUGUAUGUAUUGGGUCGGGGAAUAAGUUCGUAGGCUUUUACCAAAAACUUUUAUUUGAAGAAAAAUCAAUAAUUAUAUCAGUAAGUUAAUCAAUUAUAUAUUCGCCGUUGCUGUUUACAACCUCUCCCCACCUCUUGACCAAUUUGUUGAUGCCGUUCCGCUAAAAAUCGUCUGGUCUGGUGUCAAACAAGUUGUUGAGCCAGUUUUUCAAGAUCUCUGUGUUAUCAAAGGUAACGCUCUUCAUACGGCUUGACAGGGAGCGGAAAAGAUGGUAAUCGGCCUUUGCAAGGUCCGAAGAAUAUGGCGGAUGCUCAAGGACCUCCCAUUCGAGGUCUUGGAGUGCGACUUUGACGACUUGUGCAACAUGGGGUCUGGCAUUGUCGUGAAUGAGUAUGGUCGAUCAGGUCUUUUCAGCCAAAUAGCCUCAUUCACGCGAUGUAGCUGGGCAAUGUAAAGCUGAUUGUUGACCAUGGCAUUCAUUUCGGGCAUUUCUCAGUGCACCAUGCCCUCCCAGUCCCACCAAACACAUAUCAUGAUCUUUUUUGGAUGAAGAUCCAGCUUGACUCUCAGCUUUGGCGUAUCUCCUGGAGCCACCCACUCAUGCUUUCUUUGCUUCUUAUUGAUGUAUAGGCAGGAUUCAUCUCCCGUGACGAUUUGGUACAAAAAGCGUUGUUUAUUACCGAUUGUUGCUUGAUGGCGGGCGAGAUGCUGAGAAGCAAUUUGAAGGCGGCUUUCCUUGUUUUUUCGCUGAGCUCAUGAGGCACCCAGGCUCCCAGGCUUUUCGGUAAAUCCCAUUGAAUGAAGGUAAUUGAGAGUCGUUUUCUGAUCGCAGUUAAUUUUUCCCCCCAAUUCACGCCUUCAAAAGUGAUUUGAGACGUUCUUCAUCGCAUUCAGAUGGUCUUCCACUGCGGGACGUAUCAUCGACGUCAAGUCGCGAUUUUUGUACUUUGCAAACCAUUUCCGUGCUGUAGACUCCCCUAUGACACCUUCUCUAUACACGUCGCAAAUGUGCCGGGUUGCUCCGGCAGCUUUUUGACCUCGAUGAAAAGCCAAGAAGAGCAGGUGUCGAAAAUGUUAAUUUUUGCCUCCUGGGUAUUCUAUUUCUAAGCCUCAAAACUAAUAAAAAAUUAAAUAAUUCAAAAAUAACAGUUUUAUAGAGCAGAAAGAGUUCUAUCGAAUGAAUACUUACCCUUUACCAAACAGCAAACAAAUCGUUGUGAAAUAAAAGAAAAUAUAAAUACGCUAUGAACUUAUUCCCCAAUCCAAUAAUUAGUUUUUAAACAUAUUUUUCGCCGAAAAAAAAAUCACUUCGGAUUAUAAAAGUAGAUACAGUUCACGUAAAUUUUACUAUUUUCCCAAAAUUCGUUGAUGAAAAUCUUAGAAUAUUAUAAAUUUUAUAAUUUCAUUGGAAAAACAGUACCAAUCUUUUUCAUAUGGAGAAUGAAGCAUCCUAAUGGACAUAUCGCACCCUAAAUACAAAAGGGUCACAACUCAAAAUUUUCCACACUCGAGCUUGACUUGUUUACAGUAGCACAGACAACAAACUAUGUGACAUAUCACGCUGAAAUUUGCCAUGUAAGCUUAUAACAGACCUACCAAGAAACAAAAAAUUUAUUUUUGCCAUAUGUCAUCCGCGGACCGUUUUAUUGAUAACGUCUCGUUCAUAUUUGAGCAGAAGGAACAUUUUGAGUUAUGACCCUUUUGUAUUUAGGGUGCGAUAUGUAUGUAACUACUUUGUAAUUCAGGGCGAGAAAACUAAACUUUGUUAAAUUUAAGCGGAAAUUGGGGUUAUUUCAGAUUACAAGGAAGUGAAAAACAAAUUAAUUUAUAACUAGAAUGCUGAAGUUAACAAUUUUAAAACAGAAAAAGAUAUCUAAAUCUGCAAAUUUAAUGAAAUGUUGAAAUAAAUGUGCUUUGAGUGUCAAACAGU